AGCAAAAUAAUCUUAUUUUGUUGGAACCAUCCUGCUUGAUGUUAUUUCGUUCCGCUAUUGUUUUAACAUGCCGCCAACAGAAGUUUGAUGCAACCGGAGUUUUUAGUACGUUUCUCAAUUCAUCAAAUAAUAUUGUAAAGUUUACUAUCCUUUCAACAACAGAAAGCUGUGGUCCAGAGCAAAGAGAAUAUACCUGUGGUCCAGAGAGUACAACACUGCAGUUACAAGUACGACACAUGAAAUUGCCUGCUUAGGAUUGCUCUCCACGUGUUUGCAGGGCAAUUGUGAGCAGGGCAGUUACAAUAUAGGUGCAUUAUAGUCUCUGGUUGUGAGCAGGUUACAAAAUGUGGACUGCGGUGAUAAUUGACUAAAAUGUGUGUGAAUGUGAAGUGUAUAUUUUAGUUUGGAACUUUCUCUGCAACUAUAUCGUCGAAAUCGAAAUAUUUUGUCGGUAUUAGUCAAAAUGGAUCGCGUAUCGCUAUCCCAAAAGUACGGUAUAUUUAAACAAAAUAAAACCAAGGAAAAGCGGAAAUUGAAGAAAAACACAAGGUACUUCACUAUGGAUCUACCCUGUACUACUAGUGAAAAUUCCCCUUCUAGUUGCUCAGAAUUAGACCAAAUUAGACCAAAGAAGAACCAGAACAUGAAACAAUUUUAUGGAGACAUGACAAGUAAAUUACUGGCUAUGGUUCCUCCACCAGCUUUACAUACCACCUUUACGUACAGUAAUGUGCCACCUUCAAACCAGUCUCUUGUCACUCAAAAUGGUGAAAAAGAAAUUUGUGAUAUGGAGUGUGAGUUGAUGAAUAGUGUAUCCACAGAAAUAAGUAUAGAAGAUAAGCAUGUUGGUCCAAAUGAAAAAUCAAAAAAAACAAGCAUUGUAAAUUGUGUAAACAUUUCUGAUAAUGGUAUCAAGGGCAAUUAUUUAGAUACAAACAAACAAAACUGUAAGAAGGAUAUUAGGAAGAAUGGCAAGAAAAAAAAGGAGGGUGACAAAGGAAACCUAAGUGUAAAUGUACUCAUGAAUAAAAAUAAACAGGUUGCAAGUUAUCCCUCAGAAAUGAAUGAGCAGCAAAACGCUGUAAAAUCAAAUGGGAAAAGAUCUAUAGUAAAAAAUGCGGAACAAGACAGUGGACUUUUUGACCAGACUGUCUCUUCAAAAAACAGCCAAAGUUUUAAGGAUAUUGUACCUGAAAUGAAUCACCCACUAAAACAAAGUAAGAAACAUAAAGCAAGAGAAAAAAGGAAGGAGAUUGAGAAUAAAGUUAUCGCUACUUGUACUAAGGAACAGUUAGCCCAAGAAAAAUGCAAGAAAGUGCCAACACUGUCUAAAAAAAAGCAAAAAUCAAAUGCACAAAAUGCAGUUGUGGAAAGUAUCAGUGAAUUUAUCUCAAAGCAAAUAGGUACAUCUCCGUUAUUUGAAACUUCAAAGAAACAAAACAAGGAAGCAAGUAAAGUAAGGGAGUCGUGGGGUAAUGAAAAUGAUUUUGACUAUCAUGAAAGGAGAUCUGGGGGAUGGAAUGUUAUAGAUUCAGAUCAACUUGUGGAGAAUACCAUUUCUUUGAAAAAGGUACAAAAAUCGGCAAAGAGGAAAAGCAACUCAAAAAUGUUAAACAUGCGUGUUUAUGAUAAAGAAAUCCAGAAACUUGAUGUUAAAGUUCCAAAUAAACCUCUCAAGAAAGCAAAUAAUUUUGUUAAUCAGGAAUUUUGUAAUUCCCAACCAAUACUUGUUGAAAUGUGUGGAAAUAACCAAGUCUCUUCUAAUACGUUUCAUGCUAAAGUAUUUGAUUUGAAAAGGAAAACUAUCCAGUCACCAUUUAAUUUUAAGAGUGACUUGAAAUGGAAGCCAUGCAAAAAUCUUUGUAGUACUGAUAAAUGGGAAGUUCAAUAUGGAAAUACCAUGGGGUUGUCAAACACUGAACAGCAGUUAACUACAGAACUGCAAGAGCCAUUGUCAAAUGUGGGAGACUCAGUGGCUGUAAGUAUGGAAAAGGAAUUAAAGACUGUUACAAUAGAGAAUUUUGUAAACAAACAAUUUCAAUCAGAAUCUCCAAAAAAUUCUACAAAGAAUACAAAAGAAACUGUAGUUAUGAGUGAUUCCUCUGGACAUUAUCAAUUAUUUGAUGUAUCUGGAACUGAAGUUAUUUUAGCUCUUCCUCCAUCAUCCUCUGUAUUUUUCCAAGGUGUAGUGAAAGUGAAAGUUUUAUUGGGUAAUAUUUCUGUUUUGGGUUUGGAUAUUAGUCAUACUAAUCCUCAAGAAUACACUGUAUAUUCACCUUAUGGUGUAAGCUUACUUGGUUUUCAGUCCUGUGUUAAAGUUGAUACAUUUUCAUCAAGCGAAGAAUACUGGGACUUGGUUCAAGAGAAGAUUGGAAAAACAAAUGUAAUAAUAUUGGAUAAAGUUGUAAAGAAUAUUUCUCCUUUUAGUUCUCUUUUAUUACUUCAAAGUGUAUCCGAGACACUCAUCACAUUUUUGCUGAAGUACUUCCCAUCAUUAAAUUAUUUUCCUUCUACACUAUCAAGAAGUAGAGUUGGUGAAGACUCUUCAGGCAUUUUGAGAGCACUGUUUGUGGAUCCUCAAUCUACAGAAUACAAACUUUAUAAACAAUCAUCUGCAUGGGAUUCAGUAACAUCCCUUCUAAAGAAACAGAAACCAAGUGGCGUGAGAGUGUUGGCAUUUGGAGGCAAGGGAGUAGGAAAAUCAACUUUUCUUCGUUUUCUUGUCAAUCAAACCUUACCUCAAUUUAAAGAGGUACUGUAUAUUGAUUUUGAUAUCGGUCAGUGUGAGUUCACUAUACCAGGUUGUGUAUCAGCAAGUGUUAUAAAGAAUCCUUUGUUGGGUCCCAAUUUCACUCACUUGACUCAACCAGAAAGGUUGAUAUAUGUUGGUGAAAUUAAUGUUUCCGUUUGUGUUGAUCGUUAUUUACAAAGUGUACAAUAUAUUCUUGAUUGGUGUCGCAACCAACCACACCUUAUAAAAUUGCCAUGGUUCAUUAAUACAAUGGGAUUUGUUCAAGGAUUGGGAAUAGAACUGGCUGUCACAAUUAUCAAAAUGGUAAAUCCAAGUGAUGUCAUUCAAAUCCAGAGUUCAGUUCAGGACCGCAAUUUUCCAUUUUGUCUGAAAUUUGAAGAAGUGCAAAACCAUCUAACAAGUUUGCCUUCAAUUGUUAGCGGCAAUAACAGAAGCUUUACUUCAUUUACUUUUCAUAUGUUACCAUCUACAGCAGAAAGAUCUGAUAAUCGGAAAUCUCCAUGGGGAGUGCAAGCAAAUGUUGCACGAGAAACUGUGGUUAUAUCCUAUUUUAGUCAAGUAGUUGCACCACCAGCUUUCUCUCUCCUUGAAGUUAAACCUCAUGUUUUAUCUUUUUCACGUCUGAAGCUGUGCAUUACCAAUGAAAAAGUGAAAAAUUCAGAUUAUCUCUCGGCUAUGAAUGCCAAUUUAGUAGCUCUCUGCAAAGUUCCAGAAGGUAAUAGUUUAAUACCAAGCGAUUCAGCAUAUCCAGAAAUAUUGGAAAAGGCACCCAUUUGCCACUGUUUUGGAUUCGGUAUUGUUCGUGGUGUGGAUUUGGAGAAGAAAAAGAUUUUUAUUAUCAGUCCUUUAGUAGAUAAAAAGAUGAAAUUUGUUAAUUGCUUAGUUCUUGGUUCUGUCCAUUUGCCAGAGAGAAUUUUUAUAUCCCAAGAUGAAGCACGUGGAACAAUACCUUAUGUAGUUGAAGGCGCCCUACUCCCUCUGGCUAAAGGAGUUCGACCAGCGAAGUCGGUUAUAAAAUUAAAGAAUUAAUGUACCAUCGUUUAAUAUACAUUCCUGAAGAUGUUUAUUGCAAUGUUUAUGAAUUUAAUUCAAAUAAUAAAUGUAUACAGUGCAAUUUGUUUCAAAGUUUUUGUACAAAAUAAUGAAUGUGUGUAGUAAGACAAAAUCUUAGUCAAUAAUCUGUAGUGACAAAGCCCACAGAUGUUGCAUUUGCUCAAAUGGGUUCAAUAUUAUUUCAUGUAAAAUCAUUUAUUCUAAAUUGGUUUCAAAAUGAUGAAUAUUUACAAGUUUAUUCAGUGAAAAAAAAUAGUGAUUCCUUUCUACACACAUCUCUAUAAUUCCAAGAAUGUGUUAGGAUUUCAUUUAAUAUAUAUUUUGAGUAUCAUUUUAUGAUAACUUCUCUUAAGUUCCAAUACCUUAAUUAUUUUUUUUGCACAAAAAUAUAGCAAGACUAGAGGUGCAAAGUAAUAAAAAAAAUUAGCAAGUCAAUGUUUAUGCAAGAUGACGAUACUUAAUUUUCAAGCCGAGUUACGAUUAAGGCAGCUACUUUAGCUUGCCAUACACAAAAGAAUAUCUGUUGAAUCUUCGGAAAAUAAUCCAUUUCCAAAUUUCACACUCGUGUAAUCACAUUUCUAACAGACAAGGGAAUGCCCUGUUGUGAUUUUUCUUCCAGUGGAGGUUAAGGUCACAUGUCUUCAUACGCCACAUUUUAGCUGAAAUAAUUAUAGACAUCAUUGCCAACAAUAGUAUUCAAUAUAAGAGCAGCUUUCGAUGGCUUAGCCAUCAUCAUCAUGCCAUCAUGAUGAUGGCUAAGCCAUCGAAAGCUGCUCUUAUAUUGAAUACUAUUGUUGGCAAUGACAUCUAUAAUUAUUU